UUCCCGAAGCCAUUGAAACCCAUUUUUUUUCUCUCUACAUGGGCACGAUUUCGUCUUGCUGUAUUUCAGACAGACAGGAGGGGAAUACUAAUUUUGUGUUAGCACAUGACCUAAUUCCACAGUACCGUUCCGGUCAUCUUUUGGUAGAAUUUCUGGGAGUUGAUAAGGGGUUUGGGGAAGGAUCAGUGGUUUAAUUCUGCGAAAGUGUGACCAGGCUCCUCUAUUGUUUCGCACCCACAUUUUUCGAAGCAAAUCGAGCGCAGAAGGAUAUCCACCAUGGAUUCGAAUAGGUGUUUGUGGGGCGGGUUGCCGUCUGAGGUCAUUGAGCGCGUGCUGUCUUUCUUGCCAGUACCCGACUUGUGUAGAUUCCGGACUGUUUGCAAGAGGUGGAAUGAACUACUUUGCAAGCCAAACUUCCACGACCUUUGUGAACUCAACAGAAAGAACGCUUACUUGUUUGUAACGUGCUACCUCGAGUAUCGUGCCUUCACCAUGGUUGACUAUAAUUUUAAGGAAACGACGAGCUUUCUCGACCUAGAGGCGAGGCGAUGGUAUUUAAUCAAGCCUGGCGAGUCUCGUGCAACCCGGAAUGACGAGGAAAUGAUUUACGUGUUGGCUGUCGACGAUGGUCUUGUGUGUGGUUUGGCUCCAGGAAAAGAUGGCGAAGACUAUUCAUUGGUUGUCUCCGACGUAAUUGCCAGGACUAGAAGGGAACUUCCAGAGUGGCCUAUUGCUUGUGAUUCUGAUGAUGACCUUCCUAUCAUAGUGACUGCAGUAGAUGUUAGUUCUCGCAGCUACAAGGUAUUUGUUCUCAACAGUUGUGAGUUGGAGGAAACGGGAAUGCACGUAUACGAAUCCUGCACUAACGAAUGGCGUGCCCUGAAAAAUCCUCCCGAGGCGCUAGGGGCAAGAAAUGCAGUGUCAGCAGUCGCUUUGCACGGAAUUUUGUACGCAAUUUUUCGCCAAGAAACUCGCGGAAGGUUCGUUCUUCUACACUACAAUCUUCAAGAAGACUCGUGGAAAGAAGUCUCUAUGAGCAUUCCGCGGAAGAAACGCCAUCCACAACUUGUUGUGAGCAGUAAUCGCUUGUUCGUUAUGAUGUGGAUGGGUGUGCCUUGUGGCUCAUGCUCUGAGCAGGGAUCCCAAAGAAAAUUUCAAUUGUUGUUUGAGUUGAGAGAGAUUCUUGUCACAGGGAGCGGUGCCGGCAGGGUAGUGGCCCGCAUUUCCAAGACACACCUCCAGGAAAUAUUUGAUGAGCAGGACAAGAACUUUGACAUUGCAUACGCAGUUCCUUGCAUCAAUUCCAGCGGAGCCUGCCAGUCCAUCGUCUUGAUGUCACGUCUAUCAGGGGUACUUAUAUCGUACGACUUGGUGAACAGAUCAGCGAUUGUCCUACCUGCACACCCUUUAAUUCCAUCGUCAUAUCAGGGAUUUUCUAGAAAUCCAUCACCAUAUUCUAACCCUCUGGCCAUCUACUACCAAGGCAAGUACACCAACCUGAGCUUGCGAAACCUCUCCUCCCGAUUUUUGGAAUAACUUAUCAGGCUUGAGAGGACAACAUGGUGUCAAGCACUGUCAUCUGCACCUACAAUUACUGCAAGAGUGUACGUUGGGCCCUUGUUUAAGCGGGAACCGCUGAAAUUUUGAUUUUAUAUGUGAGGAACUGAUUUGUUGUCCUGCUCAUCAAAUAUUUCCUGGAUUAGACUCGGAUCGGCAGUAAGCAGGGUGUUACGGCACAUAAUUUACAUUUCGAAAGAUAGAAGACAAGUGCUCCCAUCACCAGAUUUUUAUAUUCAGAGGAUGGAUAGAAACUUUUCUGUUUAGGUUGUUUUACAGCCACAGAUGACAUACUUCAAAUUUUAAAGCGCCGCUGGUGCAGUCUUGAAUAUUGUCGUA